GUGGCGACGCACGUCACCUUCGGCCGGCCUUCUUCUUCUUUCCACUCCGCUCUUCUCCAUUCCUUUUUUAAGCCCCCCUCCCAUUCUCGAAGCUGCCGCACUCGUCCUGCUCUCUCCCCCUCCUCCCAGAGGCCAGAUCUUACCGACCGGUCGAGUCCUAGCUGUUCUCCCACCCCGUGACGCGCCGCGAAGGCCAUCGGCCGGCCCAUCGCCGCCGCCGCGCCAACGAGGGGGGGUCUCUGAUUGCAUUCAAGAUGGGAGGAGAUAAAGAAUCCGCCAAGCUGAAGGAGGAGAAGAAGUCCAAAGAUGAGAUCCAUCUCAAGAUCAAGAGCAAGGACAAGUCAUCGGGUGAUGAGGACGAGAAGAAAGAGGUUGAGAUCGAGAUCGAAGCCAAGUUUGUGGAGAAGGAAGAGGUAGAGGUCAAAGACUCGGGUGACAGUGCAGGGUCCGCGGGCAAGGGUAAAGAGGCGAAGAAAGACAAAGAGAAGGAGAAGUCAGAGAAGCAUGAAGAUGAGCACAAAGGUGAGGAAGAUGGUGAGAAGGUGUUAAAGAAGAAGGAUAAGGAGAAAGAUAAGAAAAAGAAGGAAGACAAUGAAGAUUCAGGAAAGGUGGAUAAAGAUAAGAAGAGUGAGAGCAAGGAGAAAGACAAGAAGGAUAAAAAGGCUAAAGAUAAGGAAAAGGAUGGAUCGGAGUCGAAGGGUUCAAAUGAUGAAAAACAAGAGAAAAUCAAAGAUAAGAAAAAGAAGAAAGAUGAUGAAGACGCUGGCAAGGAAGAGAAACAUAAGAAGAGCGAAAGCAAAGAUAAGGAUAAGAAGGCCAAAGACAAAGAUGAAUCAGAGUCGAAACAUAAAGAGGGUCAGCUAGAGAAUAAGAAUGGUGAAGGCGCGCAGAAGGAUGUUCAUGGGAAUAAAGAGCUCGCAGGAGCUUCAGACCUGGCCACCCGAGAAAUCAAGCUAACAAAUGAUGAACCACAGAAGGAAGACAUUGACAAUGAAGAUGCUGAAGUCAAGAAGAAAAACAAAGAGAAGAAGGAUAAGACUGACAAGAAGGAAGAUGGUAAGAAGAAAGAGAAGGAUGGUGGAGGUGAUGACGACGAGGGUGAGAAGAAAGACAAAGAAAAGAAAGAGAAGAAGGACAAGGGUGACAAGAAGGAAGAUGGCAAGAAGAACGGUAAGGAUGGUGGUGAAGAUGAAGAAGGCAAGAAAAAAGACAAGGAGAAGAAAGAUAAGAAGAAAGACAAGGGCACAAAGGAGAAGAUUAACGAUCCGGUGAAGCUGAAGGCGAAACUGGAGAAGGUCGACGCCAAGCUGCAAGACCUACAGGCUAAGAGAGAGGACAUCAUGAGGCAGCUGAAAGAGCUGGAAGAGGGUGGCAAGGGAAAGACCAAUGAAGAGAAGCCUGCACAGGUGCAGGAAGACAAGGGAAAGAACACUGAAGAGGGGUCUGCACAGGUCCUGGAACAAGGUGGAGAGAGCAAGGUCAAGGAGGAAAAUCCUGUUGCUUCUGCCUGAUCUUCUGGAGCUCUUGUUGUUCAUAUAACUCUGAUCUGGGUCUAUGCACGAGCCUUUCACUGUGUAUAGGAACAUACAUCUUCAGCUGAGUUGUAAAUGGGUAUGUAAUACCUUGGUCUAUGUGUAUUUCCCCGUAUAGAGAAACAUGCUUGAGUGGAGUGCGAGGGUAUAGGAGUGCAGUGCACCCAUCUCCAGGGAAAAAAAUGACGCUGUAAUACUUUGCUAUGUGAAUAAGAGAAACACACGGAUGUUGUUUUGGUUA